ACUGGGGGGCGGGACUUCUCGCUCUCCUCCCACUCAGCGGGCUCCCAGGGAAAAGCAACAGUGUCCUCCAGAGCCCGAGGCCGCGGCGGCCGAGCCAGGGGAAGGAACCGGUGUCCCCCUCUCCCCGCGCGAGGAGCUCUGGAGCCCUAGGACCAUGGACGCUCUUAACAGGAACCAGGGAGGCCCUGGAUGCAAGACCCAAGCAAUGGUAAAGAAAGGGCCCUUGGACCUGAUCGAGACAGGCAAAGGGCUGAAAGUGCAAACGGACAAACCACAUCUGGUGAGCCUGGGCAGCGGGCGGCUCAGCACGGCUAUCACCCUUCUGCCUCUGGAGGAAGGGAAGACAGUGAUUGGCUCCGCGGCCAGGGACAUCUCACUGCAGGGUCCGGGCCUGGCUCCAGAGCACUGCUACAUCGAGAACGUGCGGGGCACCCUCACCCUCUACCCUUGUGGCAACGUCUGCAGUAUCGAUGGGCUCCCUGCCCGGCAGCCCACCCGGCUCACUCAAGGCUGUAUGUUGUGCCUGGGCCAGUCCACCUUCCUCCGCUUUAACCACCCAGCCGAAGCCAAGUGGAUGAAGAGCAUGAUUCCGGCCGGGGGCCGGGCCCCAGGGCCCCCCUACAGUCCCGGCUCAGGGUCAGAAAGCCUGGUGAAUGGCAACCACAGCCCACAGCCGGCAACCCGGGGACCCUCCGCCUGUGCCAGCCACAGUUCCCUGGUGAGCUCUAUUGAGAAGGACCUGCAGGAAAUCAUGGAUUCACUGGUGCUAGAGGAGCCUGGAGCUGCAGGCAAAAAGCCUGCCGCGACUUCCCCACUGUCGCCCAUGGCUAAUGGGGGGCGCUACUUGCUGUCCCCCCCAACCAGCCCUGGCGCCAUGUCUGUGGGCUCCAGCUAUGAGAAUACGUCUCCAGCCUUCUCUCCACUCUCCUCACCAGCUAGCAGCGGAAGCUGUGCCAGCCACUCACCCAGCGGGCAGGAGCCAGCGCCUUCCAUGCCCCCGCUGGUACCUGCCCGUUCCUCUAGCUACCAUCUGGCCCUGCAGCCCCCACAGUCCCGACCGAGCGGUGCCCGUGCCUCUGAGAGCCCCCGCUUGGGCAGGAAAGGGGGUCACGAGAGGCCUCCCAGUCCUGGCCUCCGAGGUCUGCUGACAGACAGCCCUGCAGCCACUGUCUUGGCGGAGGCCCGCAGAGCCCCCGAGAGCCCCCGGCUGGGUGGACAGCUGCCCGUGGUGGCUAUCAGCCUGAGUGAGUACCCAGCUUCCGGGGCCCGAAGCCAACCCACCAGCCUUCCUGGCAGCCCCAAGUUCCAGCCUCCAGUCCCUGCUCCCCGAAACAAGAUUGGCACACUCCAGGACCGCCCUCCCAGCCCUUUCCGUGAGCUGCCGGGCACCGAGCGGCUGUUGACAACCAGCCCCUCACGCCAGCUGGUGGGCCGAACAUUUUCCGAUGGGCCAGCCGCCCGCACCCUGCAGCCUCCCGAGAGUCCCCGCCUGGGCCGGCGGGGCCUGGACAGCAUGCGAGAACUCCCUCCGCUGAGCCCGGCUCUGUCCCGACGGGCGCUGUCCCCCAUGCCCACCAGGACUGCUCCAGAUCCCAAGCUCACCAGAGAAGUGGCAGAGAGUCCCCGGCCCCGGCGCUGGGCCGCCCAUGGGGCCUCACCAGAGGACUUCUCACUGACCCUGGGGGCUCGGGGCCGGAGGACACGGAGCCCCUCACCUACGCUUGGAGAGUCCCUGGCACCCCGCAAGGGCAGCUUCAGUGGCAGGCUGAGCCCAGCCUACAGUCUGGGCUCUCUGACUGGGGCUUCGCCCCUCCAGAGCCCCCGCGCCCAGAGGAAGCUGUCCAGUGGGGACUUGCGGGUGCCUGUCACUCGGGAGCGGAAAAAUAGCAUCACGGAGAUCAGUGACAAUGAGGACGACCUCCUGGAGUACCACCGGCGGCAGCGCCAAGAACGUCUCUGGGAGCAGGAGAUGGAGAGGCUGGAACGCCAGCGCCUGGAGACCAUCCUGAACCUGUGUGCUGAGUACAGCCGGGCCGACGGGGGGCCCGAGGCCGGGGAGCUGCCCAGCAUUGGGGAGGCCGCGGCGGCGUUGGCACUGGCAGCCCGGAGGCCCUCACGGGGCCUUUCAGGGGCCAUGGGGGCCUCUGGGCGGGGCGCUGAGGAGCCUGGGGGUGCCCCCCAGCGCCUGUGGGAGUGUGUGGAACGCUCUGACGAGGAGAACCUCAAGGAGGAGUGCAGCAGCACCGAGAGCACCCAGCAGGAGCAUGAAGAUGCACCUGGCGCCAAGCUCCAGGCCGAGGCGCUGGCGCUGGAGGAGGAGCGGGCUCAGGUGCUGGGGCACGUGGAGCAGCUCAAGGUCCGCGUGAAGGAGCUAGAACAGCAGCUGCAGGAGUCGGCCCGGGAGGCUGAAAUGGAGCGGGCGUUGCUGCAGGGGGAGAGGGAGGCAGAGCGGGUGCUGCUGCAGAAGGAGCAGAAGGCAAUGGACCAGCUGCAGGAGAAGUUGGUGUCCUUGGAGACCGGCAUCCAGAAGGAGAGGGACAAGGAGGCCGAGGCCCUGGAGACGGAGACAAAGCUGUUUGAGGACUUGGAGUUCCAGCAGCUGGAGCAGGAGAGCCGCGUGGAGGAGGAGCGGGAGCUGGCCGGCCAGGGGCUGCUCCGGAGCCAGGCCGAGCUGCUUCGCAGCAUCACCAAGAGGAAGGAGCGCCUGGCAAUCCUGGACAGCCAGGCGGGGCAGAUCCGGGCCCAGGCAGUGCAAGAGUCGGAGCGCCUGGCAAGGGACAAGAACGCUUCCCUGCAGCUGCUGCAGAAGGAGAAGGAGAGACUGACUGUGCUGGAGGGGAGAUACCACUCACUCACAGGAGGCCGGUCCUUCCCGAAGACCACAUCCACCCUCAAAGAGGAGUAUGUGAGCCUGGCAGAGGUUCUCCAGCUGUGCUUCCGCUUGGACCCCCAUGCUUCUGCCACCUCCCCCAGCGUGCUCGCCCAGGCCCUGCCUGACAGUGAGAUGGAGGAGCUGCUUAUCCCUGCCGUAGACUUAGAGCAGUGGUACCAGGAGCUGAUGGCCGGGCUGGGGACCGGCCCCGCGGCGGCCUCCCCGCGCUCCUCUCCCCCGCCUCUGCCCGCCAAAGCUUCCCGGCAGCUGCAGCUGGAGGGCCAGCCUCUGAUCCACCGAUGGCUUAGAGGAUUGCCGGUCCAGCGGAAGGGCCUUCCCGAGGUAGGGACCAGGGUGGGGGACUCCUACUGGGUGAUGGAGGGGCUGCUCCUCUCUGAGAUGCCCGGGAUGGUGAAGGGCAUGCUGCAGAACUUCCUGGACCUGGUGCGGACACGCACCUCAGCCCACGUCCUUCCUGGCAGCUACGGACACGUCCCCAACAGGGCCCACGUGUAUUACCUGCAGCCGAGCCAGCCCCCCCUCCUGACUCUCACGAUGGACCGCUACGUGACCCACACCGACACCGCCUUCCUCCGAGACAACAUCGGGAGCCUAGCCUUGGAAUUGGACUUCUGGAUGGAGAACAGGACCAUCUCUGUGAGCUCGGGGGAGGGGGGGAGAGCUACGUCCUGA